GCCGGCAGGCUUAAAUACGCCGAUCCUCGCACUCUUCCAAGCUUCCCGUCUGCCGGUCUGAGUCCGGGUGGCGCAGCUGCCAGCGCGGCUGCAUCUCUUGGUUGGUUUAGCCACAAGCCGGUACAGACGUGGACGCCAGAUAAAGCGUCAUCAGCGUCGGCCGCCGCAGUUCUUGCCAAAGAUUACAAGAUAUCGCCGCAGUGGGAGCCCACCAUGGACGGAACGGGCACCAAGGCGGCAGUGCUGGCUGUCGGCUCUGCUAGCACCGCGUACAGACAGUCAAGCGUCAAGAAGACAUCGCGCGAUUCCUGGGGCAGCUCUGCUGCCACGCAGGCCUUCAAUACUAACACGAACCGGCCAGAACCGGAGCCGGUGACGCUGACCACGUCUCACGGGAGCUCCGCCGCGACACAGGCGGAGAAGUCCCUAGUAGCUGCCAAGGGAGCCAUGUCACCCUCGAAGCAAGCCACGCCUCGCUCCAGGCUACGGUCGUACUCUAACCCACAGGAGCCGUCUCAUUGGGACGCAAGGAGGGCUUCUGUGAGUGCUUUGAACGGGGCGACCAUAGCACACCGAGCUUCCAUGAGCAAGCCGCCAGUGGUCGAGGAAUCUGGCGCAAUCCCAAUCACCACUAUGACCCGCAACAUGUUUACCUCACAUCCACCCGUCCAGCCCGAGAUUGAUGAACAAACGAAUAAUGAAAGGAUUCAUCAGUCGGCAGUUGAGAUGGCAAAGAAGAUGUACCGCCAGCAGCAGAGUCGACAAGAGGGUUCUCAAGAUGAGCAUGAUGCUGGCGAGACGCCGGCGAAUCGAUACGUCGACUUGCAGGAUGCGGCAUACAGGCAAGCCCAAGAACGUCUCGCCAAGCUUCAAGAUGAGCACGAGAGGAACCGGCAAUAUCAUGAAUACUACGGCGCAGACAAACCCCUACGCCGCCGUUUCACCAUUGUCAACAAGCUGCGCCGUCGGUCUGCUAGUGACAGCGACAUGGAAGACCGCGCACGAUCCGACAUGAUACGCCAACAAAUGACCAUGUUCUCUUCUAGGCUUGACCAAGUGGACGAGGAAAAACGGGAGAGAGACAGAGAGGCUCUCCUGACCGCUGCACGACGGAACGUCAAAGCAAGCCUGCAGGGAAUGGACGAGAAAGUCUAUUAUGAGACUGGAAAGGUCAACUCAACAAUCCUGGGUGACUGGCAAACCAAAGCUCAACAAGCUGCCCAGCUUCGACACGACACAAAGACAGAAGGUGACGGCAGGGUGGACAUUGGAGGCGGAAAGUUCAUGGACGCUGACGAAAUCGAUGCUAUCGCCGCCAGGAGAGUACGGCCGGUGUUGGAUGACAUCCACGAAAAGGCAGAAGCAGAACGAGAGCGGCUAGCCUCGGUUCGGAUGGAAGAAGAAGCAGGCAAGGCUCAGGCUGAGAGAGAAAAGGCUCGUGAACGUGAGCUUAAGGACCUCCAAAAGAGGACCAGAGAAAAGACUAGAAGGCAGCAAGAAAAGCAGGAGGAAAAGCAAAAGAGAGAAGAGGAGAAGACUGCCAAGGCCGAACAGAAGAAACUAGCCAAAGAAGAAAAGCGUAAAUCCAAGACGGAGGCGACCUUGGGUACUCAAAACCAAGAAAUACGCCGUGAAGAGAAUGAAGAACAAGAGGCAGAGACGCAGAGCAGGCGGGGAUCCAGCGUUCCAGAGGUUACUACCCCCCCUGCGCAAGGGGCGGCUGUCGAUAACGUAGACAGCUCGCAAAAGAAGUCGCCCGAAGGAGCGACCUCGCCAACGGCACGAGUCAAAGGCUGGAUCAAGAAUCGAUUUUCACGAGGCAAGUCUGUCAGCGAGCCCGGCGAGAAGAAGAAGAGCUUCGUCGGCGGCGCUGCGCUGAGGGACUCGGGCCCGGGUGGCAGCACAGGCAGCUUGGGUAACCGCUCGUCCAGCAUGCGUGAUGUCACGCUUGCUGGGAGGGAUGGCGAAGAAGUUACCGAGAACCACCCCCAGCCUUUGAACAGGGACUCUCGCGGUGUGAGCCCGGUCAGCUCGGGAAGCGGGAGGAGUAGCGAGCUUGAGAGCUUCGAGACGCCCAUGGCUAUCAUGGAUCAACCGCCGCGACAGGGAAAUAGCCCCAUGCGUGACUCUCGGUUCAGAGAAAUGAUGGAU